AUGGCACCCGACGGUACAUGGCGCCUCAUCAGACAUCUUGGGUCCUUGCCAACCAGACACUGGGGAUUUUCCAUAUACCGCACAACAUACACUCCGCUCUCGCAGCAGCGCUUUCCAGACCUCAUUAAGACUAUUAACUCCUACAUGAAGCGCAGUAUACUCAAAGAGCACGGCUUUAAUCCAGCACUAUUAACCGAGCCCCGUCGCGCCACAUACGAGAUGCUAUGUGAUUGCUAUCGCCCGACAAUUCUGGAUAACACGCAGCUGUUCAACAAUAUCUCGCUGCCAAGUGUGCGCUCGCACUUCGAAGCAUGGUCCGAGCAGCAGCAUGUCUUCAACCCUGCGCUCCCAUCCCAAUUGCAUGCUUGUCUAGUAAUUGACGACGAGAUGGUUAACGCGCUGGCCGACGCGAGGCCGUGGGUUGAAGGCGUGGCUGAUGAUGCCGUGGACAGGAAGUUUAAUAGACUUGGAUGGUGGGUGAAGGUUGUGGAGGCGUGGCCUGACCUGGAAGAGACACUUGAUGGGACGAUGAGGGUGUUGAUCUUUGAGCUGUGGCGGUUGUGGACUGCUAUUCAUGAUCCUGUUCCUCCGAUCGCCCAUCUUGAGAGGCAUUGGGAUUGCGGUGGUUUGUAUCUGGGCUGA